AUGAAUUUUCGUCGUCUUCAUGAUAUAUUCUUGAUAGAAAUUUAUUCACAUGACUCAAUGAUUUUCGUUACAGUGCAAUCUCUUGUAAACAUUCCUCUCAAUGCCAAUUGGGAAUCCAAUGGAAUCACCGUCGCUGGUGGCAACAGAAAAGGUCCUUUAUCAAAUCGAUUUUCUCAACCUAUUGGUCUUUAUGUAGAUGAGGAUCAAACGAUUUAUAUAGCGGACUAUGGCAAUCACAGUAUUGUAGAAUGGAAAUGUAAUGCAACAAGUGGGAAAGUGGUGGCUGGCGGCAAUGGGCCAGGAAAUGGAAUUAAUCAAUUGAAUAAUCCAACCGACGUGAUUGUUGACAAUGCGACAGAUAGUCUAAUCAUUUGUGAUAAGGGAAAUCGGCGAAUCGUGCAAUGGUUUCGUCGCAGUGGCACAAUUGGGCAAUCAAUUAUCGAGAAUAUUCACUGUAGCAGAUUGAAGAUGGAUGACCAGAAAUUUCUGUAUGUCACGGACAAUAAAGAGAAUUCAGUUCUACGGUAUCGAAUGGGAGAAAAACAUGGACAAGUGGUGGCAGGUGGCAACGGACGUGGUGAUGGUCUGAAUCAACUGAAUUGUCCUACAGGCAUCUUUGUAGAUCAAGACUAUUCUGUGUACAUAUCGGAUUGGGGAAAUAAUCGUGUGAUAAAAUGGAUGAAUGGUGCUAAAGAAGGGAUUGUCGUAGCUGGUGGUCAAAACGAAGGCAAUGAUAUAGCGCGAUUGUCUCGUCCACAGGGAGUGAUUGUCGAUGCAUCAAGUACAGUCUAUGUGGCAGACGGAUGGAAUAAUCGAAUAAUGCGCUGGUGUAAAGGAGCUACAGAAGGAAACAUCAUUGCUGGUGGAAACGGUCGAGGAGACAAAGCAAACCAGUUGCAUGAGGUCAUGGGCUUGUCAUUUGAUCGAGAUGGGAAUAUCUAUGUUGUCGAUCAAAAGAAUUAUCGAAUACAAAGAUUCAAUAUCAGAAUAAAUCGAGCUUGA